AUGUGCUCUCCUGCCAGUUCUAAAAUCCUGUAUAGGAAUCCCCGGCUGCUCCGGUUAGCUUUUGUGCAGCUCCAUCACCAGCAACAGAGUGGUGUGUUCUGCGAUGUCCUUCUGCAGGCAGAAGGCGAGGCAGUUCCAGCCCAUUGCUGCAUCCUGUCAGCCUGCAGCCCCUUCUUCACAGAGCGCCUAGAGCGGGAGAGGCCAGCUCAGGGUCGGAAGGUGGUGCUGGAGCUGGGGGGCUUAAAGAUCAGGACACUCAGGAAGCUGGUGGACUUCUUGUAUACCUCAGAGAUGGAAGUAUCUCGAGAAGAAGCCCAGGAUGUGCUUUCUGCUGCUCGUCAGCUCCGUGUAUCUGAGCUAGAAUCCCUCCAGCUAGAGGGUGGGAAGUUGGUGAAGGCCCCCCAGGGCCGAAGACUGAACCGGGAGUGCUUACAACCUCCAAGUCCUGCACCAAUCUCUGCCAGAGUGGUGGCAUCCAUCCGUCGUCCUCGGACUCCACUGCCUGUGACCCAGACAACUUGUCCUCUUGGGCUAGUGAGAUUGAAGUCCUUGGGAAAGGAGGAGGGCCCCCUGGAGAAAAGCAACCAACAGAAUGCAGAGAACUUGUCCGGCAAUCUUACGCUCAAGAGGAAGGCCAGAGCUUGCCCAACUCCACAAGAAAAAAGCUCUUCACCAUCAAGCCACAGUCAGGAACCUAAAGAGAGAAAAAGCGACUCUGCCCUUGCUCCUACAGCAGUUUUCCCACCUGGUAUGUACCCCUCUGUGGACGAGCGACUGUUGCCCAGAAAGAUCAGACUGAGUCGCUCUAAGCCAUCUCCUGAUGUCUGUACAUCCAAGCCUUCCGGCAUUGUAAGUGGACCCAGUUCCGUACCCACAGCCCCUGGCCGGCGCCUUUGGCGGCAGAAGAGUAUAAAUAAAGUACCAGAGGACAAGGAGAAACCAGGGAGAGCUAGUCCUCUACAAAGCACCCCAAGCCCAUCUGGUCUUGAAGAUACAGGUGGGAGCAAGAAGCGGAGCCCUGACGUCAGGACUCCGAACUCGGACUCUACAGAGGAGGGGCAGGUCGGAAGGGUGAAACUUCGGAAGAUUGUCAAUGGGACGUGCUGGGAGGUGGUACAAGAGCCUCCCCUCAAACACUCUCAAGAGAGCCCUCAGAUCCUGGAACCUGGCUCAGAAGAGCCUGUAGGGACGCAGCCAUCCUCAGUUAAGGAGCAGGAAACGUUAUCUGCCAGAGUAGAUCCGUGUCAGGACUCCCCUGUGUGCUCCAGGCUACAAGACAUCCUGCUCUCUGCUGGCCGCUCGCCGGACCACCCAGUGGUGAAGUCUGAGUUUGGGUCCAGUCCAGAGCUGGUAGUGAAGGAGCCCGGGUUGGGUACCGACUGCAGGGAGCACUACGCGUUUGACACAGCUCUGCUGGGACAGCCGUGCGAGGCUGAGGAGUACCGCAUCACAAGUGCUGCUGCCACCAGUGAGCUGGAGGAGAUCUUGGACUUCAUGCUCUGUGGCUCCGACAUUGAGCCACCCAUAGGGUCUCUGGAGAGUCCUGGAGCCGAGGGCUUCAGGACCCCUAGUUACCACCUGACAGAAACAGGAAAGACCUGGAUUGAAGGGGAGGAAUGGUGUCUGCCAGACAUGGAACUCUGGCCCAGGGAGCUCACGGGAUUUGAAAAGGAACCUACUGGCGAGAACAAAGAGCCAAUUGAGCCCUUUAGCCCCCUUGUCAGGUCCUCUGAGAACAAAGAGCCAGAUGAGUCCCUCAGCCCCCUUGUCAUGCCCUCUGAGGUGAGUGAAGGGGAGGUACUUUCAGUAGGAGGCCCUUGGACUCCAGAUCUGGAAAUUACCAGUUCCCAGCCAGUGGAUGAUCAGAGAGAGAAGCUUCUGCACAUUGACUCUCUCAACCUUCCCCAAAGGUCCUAUGAGGAUCUCUCACCCCCCUGUUCAAACUGGAUGGACACUAGGCCGGAAGUGUCCCUAAGUAUGGAUGAGGUAUUAUGCCCUGCUCCAGAGGCAGGCAAGGAGGAACUUGGCAACUCCGAAUUGUUGGACCCACUUCCUGCCAGCUCCGAAGAAGACGAGAUUGAUGUUGUGGACUGGACAUCAGAGGGGAGGCUGGUGCCCAUGGGUAUUCCCUCUGUGUGGCCCGACCCUUCCUCAGAGUCAGACACAGAGGUGGACAUACUAACGUAGAACAGGUAGCGCA